AUGGCCAAAACCGACGUGCGAAGGGACUAUUAUGCAGACCUGGGACUCGCCCCCAGUGCGGAAGGAGAGGAUAUCAAAAAGCAGUUCAGGAAGCUAGCGCUCAAGUACCACCCUGACAAGAACCCCGGGAAGGAGGCAGAGUUUAAUGCCAAGUUCCAAGCCAUCAAAACCGCUCACGAUCUUCUGAGUGACCCCCAGCAACGCCUCAGGUACGAUACAGAUCGAUUGCGCGCUGGCUACGGCAAGGUAUCCGGGCCUCCAAAGACAAAUACCUCGCGGAGGGCACAGCCACAGCCAACUGCCUUCAGACCUACUCCUCCACGACCCCAAUACAAUCCGCCACCUUUUACGAAACCGCAACCCACGUCAAAUGGACCGUCCUCAGGCGCCAAGCGGUACGAAGCACAUGCCCGUGCGGGGCCAACGUCAUGGCAAAAGCCACGGGAUGAGGGUCAAACGAGAGCAGAUGCGUUCAAAGGGUUCUCAGGAAUGAGGGGCGCCGCCGGCUGGCGAGGAUUUGACCCAAAUACAGGAGGUUCAACCGCCGGAGGAACACCAAGACAGCAGAAUCAACCCUUUGUUACCGAACGCAGAAUCCUUCCUCAACCCCCCCAUUCACCCAAGAAGAGGAACGGAUAUGCCCCUGGGGCCUCCGGAGAUGACGAGCCCAUGGCCCGAAAUACCUCAGCGUAUACCAGCUCCAGCCGGCCAAGCAGCAUGUACUUCGAUUCUCCUCCACGAGCGCCCACGGCAAAGAAACCAGUGGUUCCCGAUCUACCACAGUUCCAUCCGGAAUACGAACGUGCCAGUAGCCGCUAUGCGACGGCAGGUGGCGAGAAGACAUUCUUUACAAGCUCCGGGCUUGGACGUUCGUCCACUGUACGCACUCCAUCUGGAGGUUACCGAACCUCCAGUGCACGCACAAAUCCACCCAGUCCGACUCCUGGUCAACAUGAACGUCACCGUAGUGUCAGUCCGAAGAGCGGACGCAAUCGGGAAUAUUCAGUCUCAGAAACCUCUAGCGACCUAGACGAUGACGAAGAGGAUAUUCCCGAACCUCAGCCUAAACCGAAGGCCGUACCCAAGAGUCGAAUGCGCCACCGUCAGAAGUUUCCUGAUCUCUACGGCAAUGACUCGAGCUCCAGCACUGGUGAGGACCCUCGUGCCCGACAAGGCCAAAAACACUCCAGGCUGUCGCCGUCUCCGGAAGGAUUCUGGAAAUACCGAAGAAACUCAGGAUACCAGGAUGGAAAUGCUGACCUAUACCGUGAUCAAGGGCAUAAUUCCGACAGUGCAGCUUUCCCCAAGGACCAGCAACGACCAUUCAGCAACCCUGCUUCACGGUAUGACGCUCUUCCCCCGAUUCGGCCGAAAGCAAGCCAACCCCCCCCACCAAUGUUUGGGCGGGACAGUCCCAGUAAUCUACACAAGAAGUUUUCCGAAGAGGACUGGAGAGAACAUAUUAACAAGUUCGAUUUUCUCGGUGCCCACGCCAAGAGCAAAGACGCAUUUCGCUCAUCCAAGGGCAGUGCGGACAGGGAGAAGACAUCAAAGUUAUACCGUGACUUCCAGCCGCGGAAAGCAGACAACUAUUCGCAUCCAAAAUUUGCAAACAUGUCAAUAGAUGACCCGACGCAACCCCCACAAGUAAAUCCAUUGCGUACCUCGCCUGUCUCGCAAAGCCAGGGCAGGACAACAAACCCCACUGGCUCAGGGUCAUCGAGGAGAGGGGCUGGGUGGCCUGACCUUGACUCAUUUGCACCUACGACAGGAACUGGACCUCAACCACAGGCACAGCCGCAACAGGCGCCGACACCAUUUGCACAAGCGAAAUUUUCAGCCGAGCAGUGGAGCGAACAGCUUCGAAAUAUUCCCUGGAAUCCAUCAGAUGCUCACAAGCCUCGACAAGCAAACACCCCAUCUUCACGGAGCCCCAAGAAGCCAGCCAGAUCGGGCAACAAGAAAAGCACCCCCCAACCGGCAAAAGUGGCGACCGAGGCCGAAGAAAACAAAGAGACAAUCACUGGCGAAACUCCCUUGGAGUCAACACCGACCCCGCCCACUGAGGCCGAGGUCGAGCCUGAAGCCAUGGAUCUUGAUGACGAAAUGCCCCCGGUUCAUCCAACUGCAUCAUCCGCCUCAGGACAUGGUUCUGCUAGUGGGUCGGCAAACACAAGCUAUCCGGAUCUGAAUGGAAACGCUGCAGGAAGUGAUUCAGGCGCAUCGAAGCAACCCGCAAUACCUCAUACAGUAAAUGGCGCAUCCAAGGCAGAGACUCGCACACCUCUGUUUAAUCUGGAUAAUCUUCGCAACACGGCACCUUUUACUAGCACCAACAGCGGUGGUAUCGAAAACCUGGAAGACGUCUUCGCGACCUUACCAUUCGAGUCGAAAGCAAGACAGCAGACAACCACGAAAGAAGACAUCCAACCACGGAAGCUCGAUUUGCCCAACCCGCCCAAGCGACCCCGUGCACCUGAUCUCGUCCUUCAACCGGGUUCGCAACAACUCAUGCUCUCUCGCGAUAAAUGGAAUUAUUACGUGUCCACGAUGGGCAGCUAUAUGCAUGACUGGAAUAUCUUUAACCGACGCAUGCUGCUGCAUUUCAAUACCCGGCAAGAUGCCAUCGAAACAGGUCUCGCUCCGGGCUGGAUAAGUGCUGUGGGCGACACGGCACGUCUACGAAUGAAUGGUGCAGACGGAGAUGCAACCCCGGAGAAGAGUCAGGGUCAUGCGGAAGUUGACGAGGCGGAUAUUGAUGAUUUGGUUCCCGAUCGUCGAACUGGUGGGUACAGUGCGUACCUGCGAGGCAUUGAGGAGGAUGUCCAGGUACGGAAGCACUGGGAUGUGGCUUGUGAGUUGCACCGCGAGUGUAUCGUAGAGCUGGGACGACUUCGGGAAUGGAUUCGUAGAGGAGGAAAAGUGAUUUGA